CACAAUCAGCUGUCACUGUGUCGUGUAUAGAGCUCAGAAACGCAACAAACUUCUGGUCAAUUUGUUUAUGCAGUAUUUCAAACGUUACUGCUAGUUGCAAACUAUUUCAGUUCAGAAGCAGACCAACAUCUUUGGUGGUCGUAUUAUUUUCACAAAAUGUAUAGAAACGCUGAAAGGAAUUUGUACAAUAAAGACUACGAUGAUUUUGGCCCGAAAUACAGUGACCUACCGAUGGAGAUACUCGUUGAAAUAUUUGGUUAUCUGAACCCUGGUGACCGCUUUGCUGUUGGACUGACUUGCAAACGAUGGCUGGAGGCUACUCAGUACCAACUAUUUGUGAACGAUGUGUGCUUUAGUUUCAUCAAGACGCAUUUUGGAGAUAACAUUAAUCCAGCUUGUAAUUUGCUGAAGAGCUCCCGAGUUUUUCAAACCAUCAUAUUUUCACAAGUAGAGUUCAAUGAUUCGGAUAUUUUCUUUUCUCGAUUCGGAGAAAACAUUCAAAAUCUAACUUUUAAAGCUUGCGACAUACGGGAGAAAACUUUUGUUAAUAUUUUGACCAAUACACCGAACUUGAGAAGUUUGAAGGUAGAAGGAUGCCGCGAGUUACUGAUGCCGGGGAGAUUGUUCGAAUCUGAAACUGAGAAAGGAGUAAUUGCACAGAAUUUUCGCCAGAUUACCUCGCUCAGCCUCGCUUACAACAGAUAUUUAUCGGACGCCUUAUUCAAACGCAUUGUUAUGCUGACUCCAAAUUUGAGAUCACUGGACUUGAGUGGCUGCUCAAUUUCAUUUCACAAAGGAUUGUACCGCAAAUUCUAUCCAGGACGACCGGAUGACGCAUCAGAAAACGUACUAACAUUUCAUUACAUUACACAAAUCAUCACUCGCCAGGUAGAUAAAAUUAAGGAUUUGAACUUCAGCUCGACGCUGAUUGAUGGAGACGCUUUAGAGGUGCUAUCGAGCCUCCAAAACCUAAGACUCGACUCUAUCGAUUUGAGCUUAUGUGACCAGUUAACAAACCCUGGCAUAUCAGCGUUAGCUCAACAUCAAAGCUUCAUAAGUUAUCUUGAUGUUUCGAAAUCAGCGCGAUUUACAGAUUCUAGUUUGCUCAUCGUCUGCAAACAUAUGGUCAACUUAAAAUCACUGAAAUUGCGGCGCUGCAGAGCACUCACAGAUCAAGGAGUUCAACACAUAGCUGAGCUGAAACAGCUUCAAGUGCUGGACAUAUCCGAGUGCGAAUCAGUUACCGGGCAAGGUAUCAUCAGAGGUAUUGCAACGGCCCAGAAUCCCGUACUCGUAGAGCUGUACGUAAGUGCACUGAAUCUGUGCGAGAGUUCGGUCAUAAAAAUAGCAGAAAACUUCCCAUCGUUACGCCUCCUAGACAUGAGUUACUGUUUCCAUUCAGUAUCGGAUCUAUGUCUACAAAUCGUUUUUAAAAGUUUGAUAUGGUUGCGUCAUCUCAAUUUGGACUAUUGUGAUAAGAUAUCGGAUAGUGCGAUGACGGGGGUAAGAAUGCUCCAAAAGGUACAGGAUUAUGAGCUGAACAAAUCGACUGUUUCAAAUGCAGUGCAAGUUGAACCCAUGUCUGAAGAACCCCAAGCUCAAGAAGAAAUGUUUAAAAUUUCACUGCGCAGUAAGGCCGAGCAGGAAAUUGUCAACGAUGCUAAGCGCAAAAAAGCGAUGAUGGAGAUAUGUCAGCAAAAUGUUGUUAACAAAGAUGAUUCCUGCAGUGAAUACACCAUCGAUAUGCUCAAAGGUUUGCGAGUUCUUCGUCUAUCCCAGUGUAACAAAAUUUCGGACAUUUCCCUGAUUUAUUCCUUCAAAUUGAUCGAAUUGAAGGAGCUUAGUUUAGCCAAAUGUCAACAGAUUUCAAUCGAGGGUAUACGCGUUCUAGUGAAAAACUGUACGUCACUGGAGAUUCUGGAUCUGAGCGAGUGCCAUAAUAUCAACGACAAAUCAGUAGAGUUGAUAGCUAUCCAUCUUAAACGCUUGCAAACAUUGUCACUAGAUCGAUGCUUCCAGCUAUCUGAUUUCAGCUUGGACUACAUAGCCAUACAUUGUUUAAACCUCCGAACGCUGGACGUCCGGGGUUGUCGCAACAUGUGCGCGGAGCCUAAUUUGAGGCUCAUCAACGUACCCACACUGCGCACCAUACACAUGAGCAAACCAGGCCCAUACGUCGGUGAACCUGGAUAUUUCGUUAAAAAACCACCACCACCACCUAUGCCAAAACGUAUCUAAUACAACAUUGUUUCAAUUUUGGUGAUUGCUCUAGUUUACUAACCGACCUACCUAUUGUGUUUUAUUGCGUUGAGUAUUUGUAAGUUUGGAGUUUUCAAAAUGUUACAAACAUGAUAAAUAAAGUUCAAC